AUGGCUACCGCGGAUCCUGCAAAACACCUUCAGGAUGAAGUCACUUGUUCCAUUUGUCUGGAUUAUUUCAAGGAUCCAGUAAUGAUCACGGAGUGCCAGCACGACUUUUGCCGAUCCUGCAUCACUAAGUAUUGGAAAAGAUCGGGAGCUUCCAUUUGCUGCCCGGAUUGCAGAAGAAAAGCUUCCUGGCAAAGCCUAAAACCCAACCGGCGCCUGGCGAACAUGGUGGAAGCAGCUAAGCAGCUCCGCCUGCAGCUGGAGCAAAGUCCAGGAAGGGAGAAAAUGUGCAAGGAGCACAGGAAGCCUCUGAGUCUCUUCUGCAAAACAGAAAAUACCCUUAUUUGUAUGUUCUGCGAGAGAUCCAAGGCUCACAGAAACCACCGUGUUAUUUCUGCAGAAACAGCUGCUGCAGAUUACAAGGGUAUACUACUUGGACAUCUAAAGGAACUGAAAAAAGAAAGAAACAAGAUUCUGUCGGUUAAAUCAAAUGGUGAGAAGCCAUGCCAGGAGCUAUUGAAAGAGGCAGAAGCCAAGAGGGAGGAGAUUGUGUCUGAAUUCCAACACCAGCGACAGUUUUUGGAGGAACAAGAGCAACGCCAGCUGGCGAGGUUGGAAGACAUAAAAAGAGAGGUGGAGAAGAGAAGAAAAGAUUAUGCAAACAAAUUUGAGGAUGAAAUAUCCUACAUCAGCGAUCUGAUUGGUGAGAUAGAAAAGAAGGGCAAUCAAUCAGCAGAUGAAUUCUUGGAGGGUAUCGGAAGCAUACUGGACAGAUGUGAGACAGAGAAGUUUCAGUUUCCAGCUACACCUGCUUCUACAGACAUGAAGGAAAGGCUCAGGCAAUUCUCUCAAGAAAGUGCAUCUUUGACGAGUUCUCUGAGGAGAGUCAGAGACUGUUCUGAGCCCAACUGUUCUCAGUCCAACAAGGUCAACUCAAAAUGGAAAAGAGAAAAUGUGGUGUUGGAUCUGGAAACAGCCCAUCCCCGGUAUGUUGUGUCUUCUGAUGGAAAAUCAGUAUGGUGGGGAGAUGUCCGUCAGGACUACCCCUACAAUCCAAAGAGAUUUCAAUACGCUCGCUGUGUGCUUGGAACGCAGGGAUUCAGCUCUGGGAAACAUUAUUGGACGGUGGAUGUCGAAGAUGUUGACAAUUGGGCUGUAGGCGUAGCCAGAGAGUCUGUGGAGAGGGAUAGAGAAAUUGAUUUUGAACCUGAUGAAGGGAUCUGGGCGUUGGGCUUUAGUUAUGAUCAGUACAAAGCUCUGACUUCACCUCCUACCAUUUUGGAACCAGAAGAGGAUCCAAUAGAGAUCCAAGUUUCUUUGAACUAUGAAGCAGGGACUGUGGCUUUUUAUGAUGCUGAAGAUAAGACCCGCCUCUUUAUUUUCAAGUCAAUUGAUUUUGAAGGGGAGGAAGUUUUCCCCUUUUUCCGGAUUGUAGAUUCAUCAACUCCCCUCCAGCUGUGCUCUUAAAGCACAUGGUCCUUGGCCUGUGCUUUGCCUUGUCUGCGUGCUCAGACAAGUCCAGAUGUUAGUCCCAAAGAGGAGUGGAUAUCAUUUCUGUGCACAUUGUCUUUGGAUGUAUGUUUCCAUCCCAUGCUGCUGUCCCACAUUCCCCUUCAACAAAGGACCAAAGGACCAAGGUGUUUUGGUUUGACUGUGCAGAUGAUUGCUUUUUAAUUCAGUACAGCAAAGAAGCACUAUAAUAUUGCAAAUAAUGUUCCUUUAAUUUUGCAACUCUUGGUGGUGCCAAUGGGGGAUUUCCUCCCAAUGCAAAUAGCUGCUUCAGAGGAGGGAUUAUACUUGGGACCAAAGCAAAGAAGGAAAGGGUUAAAUCUCCCGCCACCUUUUGUCAUUCUAAUAAUCAUCACCCUUUUGUUGUUGUUGAGUCAUUUAGUCCUGUCCGACUCUUCACUCUUCCUGACCCCAUGGACCAGAGCACACCAGGCACUCCUGUCUUCCAUUGCCUCCUGCAGUUUGGUCAAACUCAACUAUACUGUUUAUUAGCAUGUAACUCCUCAGGUUUUUUUCUUUAGCUUUUUACAUUUAAUAAACCUGUGAUUUGAUGUUGCCAUUGCAGUCUUUCAAUCAUAUCGUUAAUCCAUCAAUAAAGUUAUAAAAAAAUUAACCUU